AUGUCGACGAGUUGGAACAGUAGGACAUACGUCAAAGUCACCGUUUCAGGGAAAUUUAAGGGAAAGAUUUGCAGCACAUCUCUAUGUGGCAACAACAAUGGUCGUCGAGAUGAUGACAAUCAAUACAGCAGAAAAUGUGCGUCAUCAUCUCAACCAUGUAUCAUUGCUUCCCAGAAGAAAGCUGUUAUAGAUAAAUGUCACUUGAUGAGCGAUGCUUCAUCUCCAUUCCACAAAGCGUGCAACCGUUAUGUUGAUCCAGCCGCCUUGAUCAGUAAUUGUAAAUAUGACGCAUGUCGCUGCACAGAUCCAAUGAAAUGUGUUUGUAACGCUUUUGCUGCUUACAGUAAACUUUGUGUUGAAUAUGGCGGUGUAAUUGACUGGAGAUUUAAUGGAACUUAUUUAUAUCCAAAACUCAAAGAAUGUGAGUUACCACCAACACCAUGCGACUCUCGUCCUUGUAAAAACAACGGUAUCUGUUCAAUUAAUGGAGAUACAUUUUCGUGUGAAUGUGCUGUUGGUUUUGAAGGCAACACUUGUGAAGUUACGAAUGCAUGUGCAAAAGGACCUUGUAAAAAUGAAGGUGUUUGUACAAUUGUUGGAUCUUCUUAUAAAUGUGAAUGUAAAUUUGGUUUUACUGGAAAGAAUUGCGAACGUGCAUAG